AUAAUGAUUAAUAUUCCUAUUUAAUGCAUUAUAUUUUACAUAAAUUAUCAUAAUAUAAAAAUGAUCAAUUUAUUUCUCUUUCUAUAAUUUCAACAAUUAGUUACCAUAAGCUAACUAUAAUUUCAACAAUUAGUUACAUAAAUCAUUAUUUAUAAUAUUAUUAUGUAAUAUUAUUUAAAAGUAAGCAAAAUUGUUAAUAAAAUUUCAGCAAUUAGUCACCUAUGAUCGACACGUAAACAAAAUUCACUAAAGUGUUCAAAAUACAGACAUAAGUAACUAAUUAUUACAAAUAAUGAUUUAUGGUAACUAAUUGUUGAAAGUUAUAGAAAGAGAAAUAAAUUGAUGAUUUUUUAUAUUUAAAAUACAUAAAAUAAUAAACGACAAACCGUUUAUAUAAAUCAAUAUAAUGAUUUUAUAUUCUUAUUUAAGAGCCGCGAAGAUCUAUGACUUCUGUUUUGGCAUUCCUUAUGGUACCUUGUCAUUUUCAGAGCUCAAUUUUUGAGAUCUUAGCAUUGUGAAGCUUCCCAUUGCAAUAUCAUAUGAGGGAGUGUUUAUUAUCAGGUGUGGUCUUGUUAUGAGUGGAGGGCUGCUUGGAUUUGCGUUUUCACGGAACCUUACAAGUUUAAGUACUGGGGUUCGCUAUGGUGGUGCCCUUCUAGCUCUUAGUACAUUGAGCAUGAAGAUUUGGCGACAGGGAAAAUCUAGUUUCCCUUACAUACUAGGUCAAGCAGUGCUUUCAGCUGUUGUCUUCUGGAAGAACUUCACAACUUAUUCUAUGACUAAGAAGCUGUUUCCUGCUGGACUUUUUGCUGUGGUUAGUGCUGCCAUGUUGUGUUUCUAUUCGUAUGUGGUGCUCUCUGGAGGAAACCCACCUCCAAAGAAACUGAAACCAUCUGCUAGUCCUUCAUACCGAAGAAACUUCCAUAAGUUAUAGAUUUAAAUUGAAAUAGAGAUCUCUUUUUUAACGACUCUGAUGUGUUGGAUUCAUGGUGUAAUUUUAUAAUUUUCAGAGGUAACACUUGUGACAUGUUC